AUGGCAAUUUCUCUUGAAAUUUUGACGUUCAGCAAACUCCCGUUGUCUCAUUUCAGUCAACGAACCGGCCAGAUUCGCGUGCUGUCCUUCAAAGUUGGCCUGGUUCUGUUGUGCAAGGGUCACUUGGAAGAGAAAUAUCGAUAUCUAUUCCGGUUGAUCGCGGAUCCGAACAGACUGGUGGAUCAACGAAAGCUCGGUUUAUUGUUGCACGACUGCAUCCAAGUGCCGAGACAGUUGGGAGAAGUGGCAGCGUUCGGCGGAUCGAACAUCGAGCCCAGCGUUCGCAGCUGCUUCGAGAAGGCUGGCAAGGACAAGAAUGAGAUAGAGGCGGUGCAUUUUUUGAGCUGGCUGCAACAAGAGCCUCAGAGCAUGGUCUGGUUGCCUGUGCUUCAUAGACUCUCCGCCGCGGAGAGCGCAAAGCAUCAAGCGAAAUGUAACAUAUGCAAGGAAUAUCCCAUCACCGGAUUCAGGUACCGUUGCUUGAAAUGCUUCAACUUCGACAUGUGUCAGAACUGCUUCUUCUCGGGGCGGAAGGCGAAGAACCACAAGUUGACGCAUCCGAUGCAGGAGUACUGCACCGCGACCACAUCUGGCGAGGACGUGCGCGACUUUACGAGAGCGCUUCGGAACAAAUUCAAGUCGAAGAGAUACUUCAAGAAGCAUCCGAGGGUCGGUUAUUUGCCGGUGCAGACCGUGUUGGAGGGAGACGCUUUGGAGAGUCCAGCACCGUCGCCGCAGCACAGCUCCCUCAGCCAGGACAUGCACUCCCGAUUGGAGAUGUACGCGUCUCGGUUGGCGGAGGUCGAGCUGUCGCGCACCAGAAGCAACUCGACACCGGACAGCGACGACGAGCAUCAGUUGAUCGCUCACUAUUGCCAAAGCUUGAACGGUGGUGAUAAUGUGAACGUGCCGAGGAGCCCCGUGCAGGUGAUGGCCGCGAUCGACGCAGAGCAAAGGGAGGAACUCGAAGCGAUGAUACGCGAACUGGAGGAGGAGAACGCCACCCUCCAAGCGGAAUACGAACGACUACGCUCGAAGCAAACACCAGGCUCGACACCGGAAGACGGCCACGGCAACCGACAGCCUGACUGCGAUAUGAUCGCCGAAGCAAAAUUGUUGAGACAGCACAAGGGCAGAUUGGAGGCGCGCAUGCAGAUACUCGAGGAUCAUAAUCGUCAGCUGGAGGCGCAAUUGCAGAGACUCAGACAACUUUUGGACGAGCCGAACGCUUCCUCGCCAUCGAAGACGGGUACUUUACAGACGCGAAGCGUAACAGCGUCUCAAUUGGCAACUGAUUCGCCUGCUAAAAUGAACGGACACUACCAUGAUUCUCCA